UCCUCGUCUCCUCCUUCGAACCAACCGGGUAUUUUUCCCUUCUUCUUCUUGUUCUUCUUCUUCUUGUUCUUCUUGUUCCCCAGGCUGGUGUGGACUUUAUAGCCGCGGCAUAAACUGAUCAUGCGAUGACAGAGCGCGCUUUGGGCACAUCUACCGAGUCCAUUACAGGAGGCGAAUGAUGGCCGAGGAUGGGGGAAAUCUCUCCGGGAUCCCCGACGCCAGGGGCUCGGAGGGUCGCUCCUCUCUGCCGAGGACUUUCAUCCGGCUCAACGACCUGUCCGGCGUCGGGACGGGAUGCCGCGAAGCGGCGGCUGCGGCGGUGGAGCCCGCGUCCCCGGCACCCCCGGUGCCCCCGGCGCCCGACGCGAUCUCCACAGCCGGGGAUGAAGCGUCGGCGAGCGGCGACGAGAGCCUGCCCUACCCGGCCAUGGCCCCCGUGGUCUUCUUCUAUCUGAAACAAACCACCCGACCCCGCAGCUGGUGUCUCAAGAUGGUCUGCAACCCGUGGUUCGAGCGAGCGUCCAUGUUGGUGAUCCUGCUGAACUGCGUGACCCUGGGAAUGUUUCAUCCCUGUGAGGACAUCGUCUGCGACUCUGAGAGGUGCAAAAUCCUGCAGAAAUUCGAUGACUUCAUCUUUGCGUUCUUUGCCAUUGAGAUGGUCAUCAAGAUGGUGGCUCUGGGGAUUUUUGGCAAGAAGUGUUACCUCGGAGACACGUGGAACCGCUUGGACUUCUUCAUAGUGGUGGCUGGGAUGCUGGAGUACUCGCUCAACCUGCAGAACGUCAGUUUUUCAGCGGUGAGGACGGUUCGCGUGCUGAGACCCCUGAGAGCCAUCAACCGAGUGCCAAGUAUGCGUAUCCUGGUGACCCUGCUGCUGGACACCCUGCCCAUGCUGGGCAACGUGCUGCUGCUCUGCUUCUUCGUCUUCUUCAUCUUCGGCAUCGUGGGCGUCCAGCUGUGGGCCGGCCUGCUCAGAAACCGCUGCUUCCUCGGCAACUUCUCCUUCCCUCUCUCUGUGGGGCUGGAGAAGUACUACCACACCAAAAACGACGACGAGAACCCCUUCAUCUGCUCCGAGCCCGGAGACAACGGCAUGAGGGACUGCAGCUCGAUGCCCAAGGUGUACGAGGAGGGAGGCCUGCAGUGCACCCUGGGCUCGGAGUUUUACAACAGCACCGACAACACCACCUGCGUCAACUGGAACCAGUACUACAACAACUGCACUGCCGGUCUGGUCAACCCCUUCAAGGGAGCCAUCAACUUCGACAACAUCUGCUACGCGUGGAUUGCCAUCUUUCAGGUGAUCACUCUGGAGGGCUGGGUAGACAUCAUGUACUUUGUGAUGGAUGCUCACUCCUUCUACAACUUCAUCUACUUCAUCCUACUCAUCAUCAUUGGCUCAUUCUUCAUGAUCAACCUGUGCCUGGUGGUCAUCGCCACGCAGUUCUCGGAGACCAAGCAGAGGGAGAGUCAGCUGAUGAAGGAGCAACGGGUGCGCUUCCUGUCCAACGCCAGCACCCUGGCCUCCCUCUCCGAGCCGGGCUCCUGCUACGACGAACUGCUCAAGUACCUGGUUCACGUCGUCAACAAGGGGGCCAGACAAGCGGCCCGUAUCUGCAGGAUGUUGGCUCGCCGCGCCGGGCUCAAUAUCGCCGCCUCGCCCCUGGUCACGGAGCCCCAGCGGAGCCAGAGAAGGAGGAGGAAGUCCUCCAGACAGGGAUCUGUGUUGGUUCAUCAUAUGGCGCACCACCACCACCACCACCACCACUACCACCUGGGUAAUGGCAGCGUAAGGGGUGGAGGGGGCGUGCGGUGUCUGGAGGGUCGGGAUUUUGAGGCUGGUGCACAUAACAACAACGGAGGGGCCCUCGUGGCAACCACCAGCGCUGGUCAGCUUGCAUUAGCCGUGCCGCCUUCGAUGACGGCAGCCACCUCUGACUCAAACCUGGCCAUUUUGUCCAAACUUUCUGAGGGAGCUGCCAAUGCCUCAGUUCGCAGUGUGUUCCACACAGAAGCUCUCCGCUGCAGCCCCUCGCCCGCGAACCUGGGGCCGACACCAGGCCCCUCCUCCCUCGCCCCAUCUCCCAUGUCUCGGGCAAUGAAGAGGAACUCUGUACCUUUUGCGGCUCCAGGGCCCAAGAACUACCCCACUCUGCAGGCUCGAGCCCUGGCGGAGUCCAGACGAGGGAGUGCUGCUGCCAGCACUCUGACCAACAUCAGCUUCAACCUGAACAUCCCACCCAUGUCCCUGGAGAGACGGCCAUCGAGCCUGGUGGACACGCGCGCUCCUGCAGCCCAGCUCUCCUGCCAGCUGUCGGCUCGUGACCUCAGCACCACCAGCAGUGCCAUGGACACGGCCGCCAUGACAUUGGACCCCGAGAGUUGCCCCUACUGCGCCAAGGCCCUGGCCAACGAGUCAGAGGGCAACGAGACCCCCGGGGACUCCGACAGCGAUGGCAUAUACGAGUUCACCCAGGACCUCCACCACAAGGACAGGAGGGACAGCCGGCAGCCCAAGAAGCAGCGCUGCAGUCUGGGCAAAACGGUAGCGAAGGUGGUGCACUUCUGGAGGCUCGUGUGCGACACGUUCCGGAAGAUCGUGGACAGCAAGUACUUCGGACGAGGGAUUAUGAUCGCCAUUCUGAUCAAUACUCUGAGCAUGGGGAUCGAGUUCCAUGAGCAGCCCGAGGAGUUGACCAAUGCGUUGGAGAUCAGUAACAUUGUGUUCACCAGCCUGUUCGCUCUGGAGAUGCUGCUGAAGAUUUUGGUCUACGGGCCCUUCGGCUACAUCAAGAACCCCUACAAUAUCUUCGAUGGCUGCAUCGUGGUCAUCAGCGUGUGGGAGAUAGUGGGUCAGCAGGAUGGCGGUCUGUCGGUGCUGAGGACCUUCCGGCUAAUGCGGGUGCUGAAGCUGGUCCGUUUCAUGCCGGCCCUGCAGAGGCAGCUGGUGGUGCUUAUGAAGACCAUGGACAAUGUGGCCACCUUCUGCAUGCUGCUCAUGCUCUUCAUCUUCAUCUUCAGUAUCCUGGGGAUGCAUCUGUUUGGUUGCAAGUUUGGAUCCGAGGGGCAGAGUGGAGACACCCUGCCGGACAGAAAGAACUUUGACUCCCUCCUCUGGGCCAUAGUGACCGUCUUCCAGAUCCUGACCCAGGAGGACUGGAAUAAGGUGUUAUACAACGGCAUGGCCUCCACCACUCCUGUAGCCGCCCUCUACUUCAUCGCACUCAUGACCUUCGGCAACUACGUCCUCUUCAACUUGUUGGUGGCCAUCUUGGUCGAGGGUUUCCAGACCGAGGAAGUGUGCAAGCGGGACGACUUGCAUGUCCAGCCGAGCCUUAUUCAGCUGCCUGUAGACUCAGGGGGCGAUGCCUCUAAAUCAGGCUCGGAGAUCGAUUCCUGUACACGAAGCAUGGAGGACGUCAACGGCAGCAAGAAGGAUUUAUCGGCCUCUGCAGUAGUGCCUGUAAAUGGUCAUGUGGACCUGAAGACCAGUCUGACUCCACCUCUGAUUACCCACACGGCUGCCACCCCCAUGCCCGUACCCAAGUUGCCUGUUGGGGGGGACCCCAUCCUGGACUACGAGUCCCGUCGAGGCAGCAACGUCUCCAUGGACCCAGCCUGCUAUGACAAAUCACCGACCAGCGCCCAGAGCUCUUCCCCCAAUGCCCCGUGGAGCUCUGGCAGCGGCUGGACCAGCCGCCGGUCCAGCUGGAACAGCCUGGGUCGUGCCCCGUCACUCAAACGCCAGAAGCGGCAGUCUGGGGAGCGACGGUCUCUCCUCUCCGGUGAGGGUGGCUCCAGCUCGGACGAAGGUGGGGGAGAAGGAGGCGGUGGGUUGAUGGAGGAAGACGACGCCUCGCUGGUCAGGACGGACUCCAUGUCCCAGUCUCAGAGAGGGCCCCGACACCGGAGGAUGGAGUCGGUGGAGACCCGGAGCUCCAUGGAUUUGCCCCCUGAUGCUCUGCUGCAGGUGCCCUACCUGUACCGCUCAGCCAGUAUGCACAGCUCCAGACCCCCGUCACUGGGCCACUUACUACCUCCAGAGCACAGUGGCUGCAAUGGGAAGGGCUCUCCCUCAGCCCUGGGUCCCACUCACGUCUCUCUGGAGGACAACACGGAAGAGGAAAAUGCUGAGGAGGAGGCCAACCUGAGUCCUUUUGCCAGAGUGUUCCACUGGCUGGAGAAGAAACAGCCAGAGUGGUGUCGACAGAGGGACACCUGGUCACUGUACAUCUUCCCUCCAGAGUCGAGGCUUCGGAUCGUGUGCAAUAGGAUCAUCAACCACAAGAUGUUUGACCACAUUGUGUUGCUCAUCAUCUUCCUCAACUGCAUCACUAUCGCCAUGGAGAGGCCUCGCAUCACCAUUGUUGAGCGGAUCUUCCUAAAGUUGUCCAACUACAUCUUCACGGCGAUCUUUGUGGCUGAGAUGGCUGUAAAGAUCGUGGCUUUGGGCUGGUGUUUCGGGAACAAGUCCUACCUGAGGAGCAGCUGGAACAUUCUGGAUGGGAUGCUGGUGAUGAUCUCCGUUAUCGACAUCCUGGUGUCUCUCAUCUCCAAUUCUGGUACCAAGAUCCUGGGCAUGCUCAAAUUGCUGCGGCUGCUAAGGACCCUGAGGCCGCUACGUGUGAUCAGCAGGGCCCCGGGGCUGAAGCUGGUGGUGGAGACUCUGAUGUCGUCACUGAAGCCCAUCGGCAACAUCGUGGUCAUCUGCUGCGCCUUCUUCAUUAUCUUUGGCAUCCUGGGAGUACAGCUCUUCAAAGGGAAGUUCUUCGUUUGUGUCGGAGAUGACAUCAUGAACAUCACCAACAAGUCAGACUGUUUGCUGAACAAAAACAAAUGGGAAAGACACAAGUACAACUUUGACAACCUGGGACAGGCCUUGAUGUCUCUGUUUGUCCUGGCGUCCAAAGAUGGCUGGGUGGACAUUAUGUAUAACGGACUAGACGCUGUUGGAGUUGACCAACAGCCUGUAAUGAACCACAACCCGUGGAUGCUGCUCUACUUCAUCUCCUUCCUGCUGAUCGUGGCCUUCUUUGUGCUCAACAUGUUUGUGGGCGUCGUGGUGGAGAACUUCCACAAGUGCCGGCGCCACCAGGAGGCCGCCGAGGCCAAGCGCAGGGAGGAAAAGAGACUGAAACGCAUGGAGAAAAAGAGACGGAAUUUAUUGGUUCCGGGGGUGAGUUGGGCACUCUCUGAAGGCACAUUGAAAGAAGCUCAGAGUAAGCCCUACUACUCAGAUUACUCCCCCACUCGCCUGCUCAUCCACAAGAUGUGCACCAGCCAGUACCUGGACCUGUUCAUCACCAUCAUCAUAGGGCUCAACGUCAUCACCAUGUCAAUGGAGCACUACCAGCAGCCUAAGGAGUUGAAAAAGGCAUUGACGAUCUGCAACUACGUCUUCACCGUCAUCUUUGUCCUUGAGUCCAUCUUAAAGUUGGUGGCCUUCGGCUUCCGACGCUUCUUCAAGGACAAGUGGAACCAGCUGGAUCUGGCCAUCGUGCUGCUGUCCAUCAUGGGCAUCACUCUGGAGGAGAUCGAUGGCAACGCGCUGCCCAUCAACCCCACCAUCAUCCGCAUCAUGAGAGUGCUGAGGAUCGCACGAGUUUUGAAGCUCUUGAAGAUGGCGGUGGGGAUGAGAGCUUUGCUGGACACCGUUAUGCAAGCCCUGCCUCAGGUGGGGAACCUGGGUCUUCUCUUCAUGCUUCUCUUCUUUAUUUUUGCAGCGCUGGGGGUAGAGCUGUUCGGUGACUUGAUCUGUGAUGAACUGCAUCCAUGUGAAGGUCUGGGGCGCUAUGCGACAUUCAAAAACUUUGGGAUGGCAUUUCUGCUGCUCUUCAGAGUUUCCACUGGAGACAACUGGAACGGCAUAAUGAAGGACACAUUAAGAAACUGCGGCCAGAACAGCACCUGCUACAACACCGUGGUCUCUCCCCUCUACUUCGUCUCCUUCGUUUUGACUGCUCAGUUUGUCCUGGUCAACGUCGUCAUUGCCGUCCUGAUGAAGCACCUGGAGGAGAGCAACAAGGAAGCCAAGGAGGAGGCGGAGCUGGAGGCGGAGCUGGAGCUGGAGCGCCAGAUGCAAAGUGGAGACAUGGCAACGAGGUCGCCCCAGCUCACCCCUCUGGCGCCGGGCAUGGACAGGUCGAGCUCCGGGGGUUCCCCUUGGAGGUCCACUGGAGGAGGGGACGGGGACCAGGAAAGAGAGUGUCCUAUGGACUCGCCCACUGCUGAUAUAACCAGAGACUCUGUAAACAUCACAGCAGACCCCCCUUCAUGCCUGGAGCCCCCGCUGGAGUUUGUCCAGCGGAGAGCGCAGUUUGACUCGGUCUCCCUGGUCAUCCAGGGUUCAAUGGAGGGAGAGUUGAGCUUGAUGGACAACCUGUCUGGCUCCAUCUGCCACUACUACGCGCUGCCCCCCAAGCCCCGCAGGCACAGCAGCGACGAGAAGAUCCCUCUAGCGGAGAUGGAAGCUCUGUCUCUGGCCUCUGAGAAAUCCUGGUCCCUAGCUCUGACAGACGACUCGGCCCCUGACGAUUUUAACCCUCUCUUUCUAACCAGUCUGGAAUGCAAUCCGGAGCAGCUGGAUCCUGGGGAGCCACUGGGGGACAACCUGCUGAGUGUCAGGAAGCCUGUGGUGGGACGCACACACUCCCUGCCCAACGACAGCUACAUGUUCCUCCCCCUGCAGCCCGUUGGCAACGCGGCCCCGCCUCCGGCACACCUUCUAGCACAGACACAGGGGCCCCAGCACAUACUGGGCACCCACAGGGGCCAAUCAGGUUCCAGCAGCUCAGUGCGUUCCCAACCGGAGGAGCGUUCCCAGCAGCUGAGCAUCCCCGCGGACCUCUUCAGACCCAUCAGCCCCCACAGCCACUCCGACUCGGAGAGCAUACCACGACUUCCCCCUCCCAGACGCGCACACACACUCAGCCGAACUCUCCGCAGACAGGUUGCCGUGUCUACUGAUUCUCAGGAGGCCCUGUGCUCAGACGGAGGGGAGGUCAAUGAAGGACUUGUGAAUGUGGCCUCUCCGGGCCUCCCUCCAUCCCCCUCCACCUGUCCCUCCCCCUGCUCCCAUCAUUAUCAGCAGCCCGCUCUCUGCCUGGUCCCCGCCACACCCGGCGCCUCCCCUAAACCCUCACGCCCCAGCAGCGUGCACACCCAGCUUCAUGACCAGCACUGCCUCGCCUCCCACUCCCCUACUUCCCCCUCGCCUCCUCCGCUCUUACCAGCCAGGCAGCACCAAGAGGAGGAGGCCUCGGCGGAUCAGGAAGUGUCCCUCAUUACCAACGCGGUGUUGGCUGGCAGCGGUGGCGUCACAGCGGAGGCCAGCGGCGAUGACGGUGCCGAGGCUUACAGCAGCUACGCCGGCUGCCAGGAGAGCCGGAGUCCAAGCCUGAGGCAACUGAAGAGGUUCCACAGCGCCGAGACGCAGGGCCCCAGCGCCCCCCCGCCCCGCCCCCGCCCUCACUCCUGGUUGGACGACCCACGAUGUCACCCUGUGGAGGCGUGCGCCUCGGUGGAGUCCAGACCCGAGCGCAGCACCACGUCCACCUCCUCCGGCUUCGUUUCGCGGGCCAACAGCCUGCAGAUCCACAGCCGGACCCCCACUCAGACCUCGCUGCCCUCACCCCGACACAAGAAGAAGAUGAGUCCGCCCUGCAUCUCUGUGGACCCCCCUGAUGGACAGGAGGGCCUCUACCCGGGCCUGGGCGGACUCGUAGGCAUGGGGCUGGGGGGAUUAGGAAUGCCCCCUCCUCUGCCCAGCAGGGACACCUGCCUGAGGAGAAGAGCGCCCUCCAGUGACUCCAAGGACUCCUUUGACCUGGGAGUUGGAGAGGGUUCGGGACAGGACGGAAGCGCCCCAAACCCCAACACCAACCCCAAGCUACUGACUCUUCCCAGAGAAGACAAGCCCUGAGCACUGAACACUGAUACGGCGACACACACACACACACACACACACACACAUACACACGCACACAGCUGGACGAAUCCUUCACACCCACAAACACACGAUGCACACUGUGUAUCUGUGAUGGUGAUAGUUCUAGUAAUAAUGCUGUAGAGAGUAAUAAAGGUAAAACUACAACAAACAGUAAAAACAUCCUUGGUUUCAUGAGGAGUGCAGUACUGUAGUAGUGUGACCAUCCCUUGUCUUUGUAUUGUUACUGCCAAAAGAACCAGAGAAGAAGAGAACACAGGAAACAACAACACAAACAUGAUUGUUUCUCUUCUGCUGCGUCUGCAUGCCACUGGCUGCAGCUUGACCCCAUAACCUCUGGAGUGACAUCAGCCCCUGGGAUUUGGCGCCCUCUGUGGUUGCCAUCUGAAAUGCCUGGUGUUGCACAGGGUGGGCUUUGCCCGAUCAGUGGAGGUACAAAGCAAUAUGAACGUUUUAGAGACACUAUUUUCUUAAAUUAUUGGGCCAUAGUGUUUGUACAGGAUGUUGUUGGGUUUUUUUCAUUCGAUUGUUUUUUUCAUGUCUUUUUUUUGUGAUUUUCUUCGUUUGUUUUUUUUCAAAAUGGUUUGUCUUUGUCCUUUUUUUCAAUGUAGGAUAUUUCUAGCUUUCUUAGUUUACUGAGGAAAGUGAAUGUCUUUCAAAGUGCUGAAAACCUUGUAUUUGUAGGAAUAAUAUAUAAAUAUCUAGAUAUAUAUAUAUCUAUAUAUAUCUAUAUAUAUGAAAAAAACAAGUCAUUAAACUGAGUUUGGAUUUUUAAGCACACGCAUUAGACUGUGGUGGUUUGAUUGUUUGAGGAAAGAAGAGGUUGCGCUUGAAGUUUUUCCCAUUGAUUGCUUGAUUCCACUGAGACCGCAACAAGGUUGUGAAGACGGACAAGAACAAUUUCAGAAAAACAGCAAUUUAAAAUUGAUUCGACAGUUUCUUUUUGUUUGUUUUUUACCUUUUCAUCCAAAACUAGGCAAAGCAGUGGAUCCCCGGUGGGGUUGAGGCGGGUCUGGGUGACUCAGCAGAGCAGUACGGCAGUGAGAAUGAUGUAACACUGGUUGUACUCUGAGCUCUCGCUAUGCAUGGUAUUGUGACAUGCAUUAGCAGGAAACAAAUGUGCCUAAAAUAUCCUGUCUGCUUUCAGAACGGACAAGCGGCAGCGUACGGUUAAAGAACGUUGGGGACGAAGGAAACAUGGCAACACACACCUGAACAGAAGUGAAUGUAUCUAACGAGGCACCACAUCCUUCUUACCUGUUGAUUUCUGAUGUUAAUGAUCAGUAGGAGUUGUCAUGACAAGUAGGCAACAGGAUUCACUCGGCAAAUUCCAUUCAAAUGAAUGAGAAUAGAUUCUAACCAAAACAUAGAUAUGGAGGAAACAAUAUGACUUGUCAAACAUGCUUAUUCGCAGUGAUCUGGCCUAAUUUGUUUGUCUUUAAACUGUAAAAAAAUGUGUUCUGACUUUUAUGCUAAAGAAUGAAUGAAAUCAUUCAAUAUACAAAAUGAUGAAAGUGCUAACAUCUCAGCAGGAGCUAAAGGGAACUCCUCAGGCAGUUGUGUUCAACAAACAACCGCCUUUGGAAAUUGAUAUAAUGUGAGCCUGAAACAACAAAGCAGCUAUAAAUGGCAGUAAUAAAACAUUUAUAUGAUUUAAAGGGCUCAUGCUGCAAAAUUGUAGAGCGACAAUAAACCAAUUAAUUAAAACGUGUAAGCAUCAAUCUAAUUCACAAAUUAAGACGCUGUUUAGUUUUUACUGAUUUUUCAAAUGCAGAUGAAAGAAAGUCUAGACGUGUUUUACCCCUCUCCUGGGGACAUACAUCUGAUUACACAGUUGCAUUGUGGGGACUCACCUUCCCAAAUGGGGAACAUUCAUGUCCCCAAAGUACAGUUCAGUACAUGUUAGGAUUAGGCUGGUAGCGGGUACGGUUAGGGUUACGGUAAGUCUCCAGGAAAUGAAUGUAAGUCGAGAUAAUGUCCCCAAAAGUCAUGAAAACACAAUAGUAUGUUAUGUUUGUGCGUGUGCGUGUGUGUAUCUAUCUGUGCGUUGUGUGUGUGGGCUGCACACCGCUCCUGUUGAAAUAAAGACCUGUUCUGGUAAUAACAGUAUCUCCCUGUCAGGGAUAAGUGUUACUGACAACAAUUACACAGGUACUCUUGAAAAUCAGCUUGGGGAUUCAAAUUAGCAUCAUCAACAACUAGCAAAACGGAGCUUCAUUAUGUAAAUAUGCUGAAUUUCAACAUUAUCUGCCGCUCACUUUACAACAGUAAAUACCAUUAUAACACAACACAACGUAAUAGAAUGAUAGCAUGAAUUGUGGACCUAAUUUAUCUGCAAGAUUUCAGUAUUCUACACACAUUCUGUCAUUGGCUUUUUAGUUCUUAUAAUAUUCUCAGUCUGCACAGGCAGCCAUGCAUAUAGUAAUACAAUUUCAUACUUGCUCAGACAAAUAAUAAAAGCUUAAAAAUUCAAACGUA